UGAACAUCUGCACUGCUCAUCGAAGCCCUCUGUGCUUCAGUUUCCCCUGUGUUCCAUUCCCCCCGCCCAUGGUUCUCGCCCCCCAAGCGGUUCUCCGGAGUCCCUUUCUGGGCCGGCGGGACGCGUGGACUGAGCGGGCCUCGGCCGCGUCUGUUCCGGCCAGGUUUGACUUUGCUCGCGCAGCGCCCGCGCAGCCCGCCAGGGGGACCCCGGCCCGCCGGGCUGCAUCUGAGCAGAAAGCGUUCGAGGGGCGUGGAGCCAGGGUCCUGCGGCGCCUGCUCCGGGAACACCCCGAGUCGGCUGGAGCUCUCCAGCCGCUCCGGAGAACUGGGGGAGCCGGGUCCCUGGCUCUGGAACCCGUGGUCCAGUGGUAGCGAGAGGCGGGACCCGCGGGUGGGUGUGUCCGUUUCCGCACGCCGGCCUUACAGCCCGGGAAGAGCGCCUGGAAGCGGGUACUUUGUUCCCAAAGAUGGGUUUUGUCUGCGGGUGAUUCGGGCUCUCGAAGUGCAACUUUGUGGCCGGGGCGCGGAUCGGCCGGCCUGGGCUCCUGCAGAGGGAGGAGUGGAUCCUGUCUGCGUCCUCCAGGAGGGGGUGGCAGGACUGGGGUUUCCCACAGGUUUUGGGGCGGCGGCAAGAUUGGCACCGUACGGGGUCGCAGGCUCACAGCGACGCCCCUGGAAGCCCGCCCCGGCCCCCGCCCCCAACCCGCCUCUUCGGGGCUUUGUGGUGUGAGGUUUGGGGCUGGGAUCCAUCUGGAGCCCAGCAGAAAACUUUUCCUUUCCCAUCCCCGGUGCCUUUUGUCUUUCUUGGACAAGGUGGCGGCGCCGCCUGAGCGGCGACUCCCUCUCCCCUGCCCGGCUCGCUGCGCCUGGUGCCCUCCGAGGACAGGCGCGCCUGCACUCUGCGCCCGGAUGGCGGAGGCCCUCUGUGAGCACCGGCAGCAGCGCGUCCCAUGCCCGGAGGCCGCCGGUGCCCCCCCAGCACGGGCAUAGGGGCGUCCCCACCCUCCGCCCGCUUGCACCCCUUGCCGCCCGCCCCCUCGCCUGACUCAUCCGUCCGCGGUGGCCGCCCGAGCCCUGGGAUGGGGAGGGAGACCGCGGCUGCCCACGGCGGCCGAGAUUCCCGCUGACGCCCCCGACCCCGCCGCCUUCUUCGUCCGCCUCCAGAGGCGCCCGACGUCCCGACAGCUCCUGGAGUGAGACCAGGACUGCGAACCGGGAGAGGCGACCCGACCCCAGGGCCCGGUGCUCAGGACAGGAAAUGGAGACUCAGAAGGUUAAGUGACUGGCCUAGGCUCCUGGAGCCAGAUUGGAAAGUGAAAGAGCUGGCAUGGAACCCAGAUCUGUUGGAAUCCAGACCUCUUCCUGGAUCUUCAGGGAGUCAUCCUGGUGCUAGCAGGACAAGAAUAAAAGGCCAAGCUAUGAUAGCAACUGGUGGAGUGAUAACUGGCCUGGCCGCCUUGAAAAGGCAAGACUCUGCCAGAUCACAGCAGCAUGUCAACCUCAGCCCGUCUCCUGCUACCCAAGAGAAGAAACCCAUCAGGCGCCGGCCCCGGGCAGAUGUUGUGGUUGUUCGUGGCAAAAUCCGGCUUUAUUCCCCAUCUGGCUUUUUUCUUAUUUUAGGAGUGCUCAUCUCCAUUAUAGGAAUUGCCAUGGCCGUUCUUGGAUAUUGGCCCCAAAAAGAACAUUUUAUUGAUGCUGAAACAACACUAUCAACAAAUGAAACUCAGGUCAUUCGGAAUGAGGGCGGUGUGGUGGUUCGCUUCUUUGAGCAGCAUUUGCAUUCUGAUAAGAUGAAAAUGCUUGGCCCGUUCACCAUGGGGAUUGGCAUUUUCAUUUUCAUUUGUGCUAAUGCCAUUCUUCAUGAAAACCGUGACAAAGAGACCAAAAUCAUACACAUGAGGGAUAUCUAUUCCACAGUCAUUGACAUUCACACGCUAAGAAUCAAGGAGCAAAGGCAAAUGAAUGGCAUGUACACUGGUUUGAUGGGAGAAACAGAAGUAAAACAGAAUGGGAGCUCCUGUGCCUCGAGAUUGGCAGCAAAUACGAUCGCCUCUUUCUCGGGUUUUCGGAGCAGUUUUCGAAUGGACAGCUCCGUGGAAGAGGAUGAACUUAUGCUAAAUGAAAGUAAGAGUUCUGGGCAUCUUAUGCCCCCUUUGCUCUCUGACAGCUCUGCGUCUGUCUUUGGCCUCUAUCCACCUUCUUCCAAAACAACUGAUGAUAAGACCAGCGGUUCUAAGAAAUGUGAAACCAAGUCAAUUGUGUCAUCGUCCAUCAGUGCUUUUACAUUGCCUGUGAUCAAACUUAAUAACUGUGUUAUUGAUGAACCCAGUAUAGAUAACAUCACUGAAGAUGCUGACAUCCUCAAAAGCAGGUCAAGGAAUUUGUCAAUGGAUUCCCUUGUGGCUCCUUUGGCUGACACCAGUGAAUCCUUCCAGCCCGUCAGCACAGCGCUACCAAGGAAUCAUUCCAUCGGGGAGUCUUUGUCGAGUCAAUACAAGUCAUCCAUGGCUCUCGGACCUGGGACUGGACAGCUCUUGUCUCCUGGGGCUGCCAGAAGACAGUUUGGGUCCAAUACAUCCUUGCAUUUGCUCUCAUCACACUCAAAGUCCUUAGACUUAGACCGGGGUCCCUCCACUCUGACUGUUCAGGCAGAACAACGGAAACAUCCAAGUUGGCCUAGGUUGGAUCGGAACAACAGCAAGGGAUAUAUGAAACUAGAGAACAAAGAGGACCCGAUGGAUAGGUUGCUUGUGCCCCAAGUUGCCAUCAAAAAAGACUUUACCAAUAAGGAGAAGCUUCUUAUGAUUUCAAGAUCUCACAAUAAUUUGAGUUUUGAACAUGAUGAGUUUUUGAGUAACAACCUAAAGCGGGGAACUUCUGAAACAAGGUUUUAAUGUUAAAAUAAUAUAUCAUUUUACAAGGGUAUAUAUUUUAAAAUGAUUUUCACUGGUGUUUCCUUCUUAAAGCACUGGCUAUAAGCCUUUUUAAUCAAAUGGUUUGUAGUGUAUUAGAAUUGGCUGCUUAGUUCUGUAAUGAAGAUGGUUGUAUGUUUGGGUUACUUGUGACUGCAGUACUCUAUGUUAUCACAUAUGAUUUUAUUUUUCUCUUCCUUUGAAAGCAUGAUCUCUUUUAUUAAUAUGAAUGCAAAAUAGUUGCAUCCAAAUUAAAGCUUAUUUUCUUUACUUUUAAGUUCUUUGAUUGCCCUAUUCAUAAAAUGAAGUGUCCAGUAUGGAAAACAGAGGGUACCAAAGCGUGGACCAGGAGUACAAAUUCAGUCCCAAUACUCAAUACAUAUUAUAGAAGACUAUGAGUGCAAACCUUAGGAUGUGAUUUUCUGAAUAAUUGUUCUUUGUAGGAUUUGGUUAAAUUAUUUAAAAUGAAGAAGAUCUAGUUUCAGUAUGAGCUCAAUAAUGUUAAUUGGUUAAGUUCAUUGUGAAUCUUGAGUUUUAGAUAGGUAGUAUUAUUUUCAAUAUCACUUCUGUUUUUAGUGAUAUUGUAUCAAGAAACAACAUAUUCAAGAGCCAUGGCUGACAGUGCCAGAUAUACUUAGGGAUAAACAUCAAAAUGCAAUAUAGUAGCUAUAACUUUAGAUAUUUGGAAUCAAAAUUUAUUUGCAAGCUGACUUGAUAAAAUAAAUGAACCAAUAUAAUUGGUAGAAAUGCUAUCCUGAAAUAAUUAUAUACAUGAAGACAAUGUUGACUAAUGAAUGAAGAUACAUUAUAUACUAGUUAAUGGUAACUAGUCUCAGUACUUUUUUUUAGCCAUCUGUUACCUUCCAAUAGCCCCUCAUUCCCACAUUUUAUUUUCCCCCAAUAUGCUUUAGAUCCUGGUAUUUGGAAAACAAUCAGCUAACCUUGACAUUUCUUUUUACCUUCACAUGCCACUAGCUUGGUAGUUCAAAAAAAAUUUAGUUCUUGAUAAAUUGCCUUGAAGUUUACCUUGUGCUGGAAAGCCUUAUGAUAACUCCAAAGACUUUCUCAUGGUAUAAUACAUGUUGUUUAGGAUUGUGUUUCUUAGUCACUGAAGAUAAUAAAUAUUAAAAUGGAUGUUUUCCUCAGAAAAUUUUCAUGUUUUCCUUUAAGGUAACAUACUUGUAAGAAUUGUUUAAUAAAAUACUCAGGAAAUUCUAAAGGUUUCUCCCAAUACCUAAACAUUUCUGAACAUCAGUAUUACAGUUGUGGAAGAGCAGAAGGAGGAUACAUUUGUUUGUGUUGCUCCCCAAAAUUCCACCUUGUGUUUGCAUCACAAACGUCCCUCAAUUGAGGCAGUUUUAUUUGUUAGAACAUUAAGCCUGUGUAUUGUAAUAGAGUGGGCUCAGUAUUUUACUAUAAAGCAUUUAAUAAACUUCUGUUAUUAAUAGAA